GACGCGCCGCCCCGCGUAGGAUCACCUCGUCGGAGGGCGGCGCGGGGACGGCCCGGGACGGCGCGGGGCCGAGGGUGCCUCCCGCGUCCGUCCCGCUCACCGCCGCCGCCUCUCCCUCCCCGCAGCCCGGGACCAUGUCGGCGGAGAGCGCGAGCGGCCCCACGGAGGACCAGCUGGAGAUCCUGGAGUACAACUUCAACAAGGUGAACAAGCACCCGGACCCCACCACGCUGUGCCUCAUCGCCGCCGAGGCCGGCCUCUCCGAGGAGGAGACCCAGAAAUGGUUUAAGCAGCGCCUGGCUCAGUGGCGGCGGUCAGAAGGCCUGCCCUCAGAGUGCAGAUCUGUUACAGACUAAGGAGACGACCAUAGACAGCUUUGCUCCAUGAAGAACAUCUGCUGUGUCUCUCCUCAGCUAAACCAUUUUGGUUUCUCAGUAGUGUUGUAUGUUCCAUUGUUAGCUGUCCUGCUAUUUAACACACUGUUGUAUUUUUUUAAUGUACAUAACUAGAAAAGAAAAUAACAGUAGGAAGCCAUGUGCAGCUUCUGUGUAAAGCAGUGGCUUGGCCGGGAGAGUGGUGUGGCUUGCAUUUUCCUUCUAGUAUGAUGACAGAUGGUAUGAAAACCAUCUAAGUUUGCUUUUGACUAUCCCCUCCUAGUAACAAUUUGCUUUCACCAUCCAUUUCAGAGCAAGCGAGGCCUCUAUUGAAGAGAUAACAUGACAGAGGGGGGAAAACAUUGCCUUCUGAAUCUACUUUCCUAAGUUGUUUUCCUUAUGUUUCAUUUAAUACAUUGACGGUUGAGUGAGAAUACAGAGGGGUAAUUUGAAUCAUUCAAAUUUCAUAAAAGAGUUCCUUGGAUUAUAGCUGUAUUCACUUGGAAAGAACCCAGUUAGGCUAGAAGACAAAAAUCUCCAACUGACAGAAAAGCAAGUAAUUAUGGAAAAAUCCACCAAAACUUUUGAAUUUACCUUAUUUAAAUGUAUUUGUUAAAUUUAUUUUGCUAAAUAAAAUGAACAGCCUUUUGUCUCUACAAUGAUAUUCUAAAUAAAACCUUAACUUUUUGUUGAAAA